UAAUCGCGGGGCUACAGCAGCAAAAUCUCCCUCUAAGCAUGAUUUAAAUACUAGGACGUAUAGUCGUAUUUUUUUUUUAGAUGUGUAUCCCUGCAGUGUCGUAAAAUCUGUUUUGCUGUAAACCUCCUGUGCUGCAAGAGACAAAAAUAGAUCUAGAAAUAAGCGCGGAUUAAUUGAGUUAAACGGUGCGCGGUUAGGUCGGUCAUUUGGGUUUGUUGUUGCGGUUGAAUAGCUCAGCAAAUAUGAGCGACAAGGGGACGGUCUCAUCAAAAGACAAGGAGGCGACAGAGAAGAGAGGGCGUGGAAGACCGCGCAAGCAGCCCCAGGUAAAAUCCUCAGACGAGGCUAGUGGGUCCCCAACUCCAAAGAGACCAAGAGGACGACCAAAGGGCAGCAAAAAUAAGACAACUGGCAAGGGCAAAAAGGCAGCUGGAGCCCCAUCUGCAGGAGGAAAACGCAGAGGGAGACCCAAGAAGGAGGAGAAGGAGGAAAAGGCAUCCCAAGAAUCAUCUGAGGAAGAAGAGGAGGAAGAUGACCAGUAACUCAACACAUGCUACCUCACUCGACAUACUGACUUACUGUUAUCCAGAAACUGGGCUGUAUCAACACCAGUGCCACCAUAUGACCACUGAUCAUGACAAAGUCCUCCCCUUUGCCAAAGGAUGGGGUUAAAACACAGUUCAUAUAUCAUGCAGCAGCACUGGAUUGAAACAAAAUGGACUUGAUCAAGCAUAGAUCUAAGUAUUACAUGGCAUGUAACAGCCCUUCUUCUACAUGUCAUGUUAUCACAAGUCUUUUAUACUGGACAAGGUGUGCUCUGAGGAGCUUGGGUGUUUUAGUCUCCCCUAAAGACCGUUAGGACAUUUCUCCUCUUCUUAGUGUCAUUUCUUGCAUCUGCAAAAGUAGAACAUAUAGACUUUCUUGUUUUGUACUGGACAAAGGUAGUUUUUACCCAUUUGCUGUUAGUUUUGUUUCCUAUAUGUGAGUGAAGUGAUUAACCUACCCUUUGCAUUGUAUUCUAGAUGGAGAUGAGCUGCAGCAUUUAGGAUGAGCAUAGGUUACUGAUGGUAUAGGUGUCUCUCUUUUCCAGUUGGUUCUCUAAAAUCUCUGGAUGGGAUUGGACAUCUUCAGCCUCACCGCUUCUCCUGUAGAGCAGUGUAGAUUUUAGAGACGCUUCUAAAAAACAUUGUCCUUUUUGCAUGUAGUGGGGAGAUGUAAAGUAAGCUUGUUGGUGUUUUUUCUUUCAUUAGAAUAUUCUGAUCAGACUUGCAGUUUGUUCCUCUGGGUUGCAUAUCAUUUCAAAGAAACCAUGAGUGUGCUGCUUUUGUGUUUUUAAACAGUUUUUUUUUUUUUGGAGGGGGGAUAUAUUUUUAGGCAGAGUUUUAGGCUGAAAAGUAAUCUGUCGUUUCUUCAGGGAGCUUCUACAAAUGCGGUUAGACUUCACCCCGGCCCCACCCCUUUCCCUCAAGCGCUCACUCGGUCACUGCAAUUGGUCAAACAAAGGAAUAUGAUUGUAAUAGUGGAUAGUUGGUGGCACUACUAUCCAACAGGGCUGUACAUUUAUUUUUCCAUUCCAUUCAGCCGUCACUGCUAAACCUAGCUUUGUCUUCACUUAGUAAACUUAACCGUAACUUACUUCCUUAAUCUUCUGAAGAUGUGUGUUGAACAUUGUCUACUACAACUUUUUUCAUCAUUGUCAGGGAACCUUUAUCCAUAUUACACUUAACUGGUUUUUUUUUUUUUUCUUGGUUUGUUUUUCCUCACACACCUAAGCUGCUACAACCUCAGUUACAGAACCCCGGAAAACUGCAAACAGGCUAUACAAAGCCUGGACUCAUACCUCAGUUUAACAGCUUACUUCACCUUAUGAUUGAAUUUCACAGGUUUAUUCUCUAUUUUAAAUGUAAACUCUGACAUGAGCUGAAAAGGUUUCUUUGUAUGUACAAGUUGACUAGGUCUAAAGUGAAGCUGUGCGCCAGACUUUGCAGACAGGUUCAUGUGUGAAGCAAGUCAGGGAGACCUGUCGGCUCAACGAUUGUGUUCGCUGACUGUGGUAGACUAGCCGGUGUGUUUUUUGUUUUUUUUUAACUUCUGCACUGAAAUGUGGGUUUUUCAUGGACAAAUGCAAGUUUGCGUAGACUAGACAUUCUUCACUGUUCAGUCAGGCGCUGCAUUCUGCAUUAAUGCAAACAGCCGCUCUUACCAUGUUCAUUCAAGUCGUACAGUCUCUUCAUGUCUGUUUGUUCCCUUCCAAAUACGACUAUCUAGUCAUUUCUCGUUAAUCAUGCAUUUGAUUUAUAUACUGUAAACUCAAUAGGAUGGGAUCAUUCUUUUUAAUGUACACCUAUAUAAAUGUACAAUGUCUAUAUUUCUAUGGUGCCCUACAAUUUGUAUCAAAAAUGGACAAUAAAAUGAACUUUCUUUGUCA